AUGCCAGGGCCAAGGGAUGGCCCUGGCCAGGCACCGUGGUGUACAGAUGCCUGCCCGCGGGGGCCUCGGACGCGGCAGCGAGGGCCGAACGUGUUUUUUUUUAUGCAGCUGCCUGCGGCAAGCUCCGCCACCGUGCCAGCGCAGCACUCUGUGGCCACCGAAGCAACUGACGCGCCGUGCCACGCCAGGGAAGGGGCUUCCUGCGUGCGUCACCACGCCUCAGCGUGCCAGGUGCCACGGUGGCGGGCACCGCGCGCGCGGGCGAGCGGCCCGCCGCGCUCGCGUGCGGACGAAGGGCGCCUGCCCGCUCCCCACCCUUCCUCUGCCCUCGCUCGGGAGCGGAGGGAGGGGGAACGGAAUGGACGAAUGUGUCCCUCCCCGCCGCCCGCCAGACACAUCUUUUUCUCCAGCUACUCCGACGCUGUGGCCGGGAAGGGCUAG